AUGGCCAGCGAAGGCUCCAACACUUUGCCCUACGUGCCCCUGGCACCGUUCGAGGGCGACAACCCGAACGGAGGGGAUUCCCUCACCGAAGAUGUGAAUAUCUGGUAUCAGACCGGUGAUAUCGGUUUUAUCAUCAUCACUUCAGCCCUUGUUCUCUUGAUGGUCCCUGGAGUCGGCUUCUUCUAUUCGGGUUUGGCGCGCAGAAAGUCAGCCCUGUCCCUGAUAUGGGUAUCGAUAAUGGCUGCGGCCGUCACCACGUUCCAGUGGUUCUUCUGGGGCUUCUCCCUGACCUUCUCGCGCGCAGCCAGCGGCUACAUAGGCGACCUUAGCCACUUUGGUUUCAGGAAUGUCCUGGCACACCCGUCGAUCGGCUCGAGCCGAAUCCCGGAUCUGCUCUUCGCCAUAUACCAGGGCAUGUUCGCUGCCGUCACCGUGGCCCUCGCGACCGGCGCCGUGGCAGAACGGGGGCGGAUGCUGCCCUGUGUCAUCUUCAUGUUCAUCUGGUCCACCAUCGUCUACGAUCCGAUCGCCUGCUGGACAUGGAACCCGAGCGGCUGGUCCAAUCGGCUCGGCGGUCUUGAUUUUGCUGGAGGUACCCCAGUGCACAUUGCGUCAGGAACCGCUGCUCUUGCCUACUCCAUGAUGCUGGGGAAGCGCCGCGGCCACGGCACGCACGAGCUCAACUACCGUCCUCACAAUGUCACCCAUAUCGUCAUUGGCACCGUGUUUCUCUGGAUUGGGUGGUUCGGUUUCAACCCCGGUUCCGCGCUCUCAGCCAACAUGCGCGCCGUCCUGGCCGCCGUCGUAAGCAACCUCGCCGCCUGCGUUGGAGGCAUCACCUGGUGCGUUUUGGACUAUAGGCUGGAGCGGAAGUGGUCAACAGUGGGCUUCUGCUCCGGCGUUGUCGCCGGCCUGGUGGCUAUCACCCCAGGCUCAGGCUACGUCCCAGUAUGGGCUGCCAUACCCACAGGCAUCCUCGGCGCCGCCUUUGCCAACUAUGGGACCAAGCUCAAAUUUCUCCUCCGCAUCGACGACUCGCUCGACAUCUUUGCCGUGCACGGCAUCGGCGGGUUGGUCGGCAACAUCUGCACCGCUUUCUUCGCCGCUGAUUACAUUGCCCAUUUGGACGGAUCCACAUCCAUCAACGGCGGCUGGCUCAACCACAACUGGAUCCAGCUGCCCAUCCAGCUUGCCGACUCCUUUACGGGCGGUCUGUACUCGUUUGUCAUGACAUGUCUGAUCCUGUUCGUGCUGAACCUGAUCCCUGGCAUGCACCUCCGCGCGUCCGAGGAGUCCGAGAUUCUGGGCAUCGACGACGCCGAGAUUGGCGAGUUUGCCUACGACUAUGUCGAGCUGACGCGGGAGGUCUUGAAUGAUGUCGAGGGAGACGUGGAUGCACAAGAGAACGUGAGCGUUUUCUCCGAGGCCCAGCAGCUUCAUCGUCAGGCUCCUUCUGCUUCCCAGCGGUUCUCGCCUGGAAGGGAAAAGAAUAGUAAUGGCUCAUCAAUCAUGAUGAUGGAUUACAACAACCAGCAACGAACGCAUGGGCCGAUCGGGUCAGCAAGUUAG